AGCUUACUCUGGGCUCCAAAUUGCUAGCCAACUAGCCGAAGGAGGCUAGUAUUCCUCCUUCUCUUAAAAUUGGGCCGACAGUAGGGCUUUCUCAUAUUUUAAUGUAGAUAUAUUACUUUUGUUCUCAGUGAGCCGUUGGGAUUGACUGCGUGCCUUCCAAGUGCCGUGCUGUGAAGAAACGGAAGCGCUGAAAAAUAGCGAAAUAUACCGGCUAUACCAGCAAACUGUGGAUUGCUAACGGUAGCUAUUAGCUUGGGGAGUAUAGCAAGUAAGCCGCCUGGCUAGGCAACCAUUACAGCAAAAGCGGCUUCAACCCACCGGGGCUGUCGAGUUACUCCUGUCAGUCAGUUGCCAUAAUUGGAGGAAAAGUGUGAUUGGUGGCCUAUGAGGAAGCCACGUCGAAAAGGCCAAGUGGCCGGAGGAGGUGGAGAUGUGAGAAAGUCAAAUGGGACAUUUGGCGGGCGUGGGGGGGCCCGUCAACGAUCACCAUCCCCCUACAGCCUAAAAGCUUCUCCAAGCAGAGAAACGUUGACAUAUGCCCAGGCCCAGAAGGUGGUUGAAGUGGAACUAGAAGGUAGGCUUCACCGAAUUUCUAUUCUGGAGCCUUUGGAAGUCAUUACUGAAGAUGAGAUGAUGGCUCAGGACAUUAGUGAGUGUAACAGCAACAAGGAGAACAGUGAGCAGUCAUCACCUCCCACCAGCAGUGCCCAAACAGCCCGCAAACCUGUCACACCACGAAGCCGCAGGAAAGACCCCAAAUGUUCCUCUAAUAAGUCGCCACCAUCCUCCAAGAACAGUUGCCCCAAUUCUCAUCCGCCAUCACCGGAAAAGCUAAACAAAUCACAGUAUCAUCACAUGACCCUUCCUGAACCUAAGUUUCGAGUGCUGGAAACCUUUACGCCAGUUGAGGCCCCUCCUCUGCCAGCAGCAUAUUAUCGUUAUAUUGAAACCUCAGCUGAGGAGGAAACUGAGGCAGAAUAUGACAUGGACGAAGAGGACACUGCCUGGCUGGAGAUGGUCAACGCUGAUCGGACAUCAGAGGGUUGCUCAACUGUCUCAGCAGAAACGUUUGAGCGGCUGGUGGACCGAUUGGAGGAGGAGGCAUAUCUGGAAGCCCGAAGCCGAGCGCCUUCUCAAAGCACUAUUGAUGAUGAUGCCUUCUGCUGCGUGUGCCUGGAUGACGAGUGCCUCAACAGCAACGUCAUCCUCUUCUGUGACUCCUGCAACCUGGCUGUGCACCAGGAAUGUUACGGAGUGCCCUACAUCCCUGAGGGUCAGUGGCUAUGCCGCUGCUGCCUUCAGUCCCCUCAGAAACCUGUUGACUGUGUUCUGUGUCCAAACCGUGGCGGCGCAUUCAAGCAAACGAGUGAUGGCCGCUGGGCACAUGUAGUCUGUGCUAUAUGGAUCCCCGAGGUCUGCUUUGCUAACACAGUAUUUCUGGAACCAGUGGAAGGAGUUAAUAACAUUCCCCCAGCACGAUGGAAACUGACUUGCUGCCUGUGUAAGCAGAAGGGUCGUGGUGCAUCUAUUCAGUGUCAUAAAGCCAACUGUUACACUGCAUUUCAUGUUACAUGCGCUCAGCGUGCUGGGCUCUUUAUGAAGAUAGAACCUGUGCGAGAAACAAACAUUAACGGGACUAUGUUCUCGGUUAAGAAGACUGCUUUCUGUGAGGCCCAUUCUCCGCCAGGACAAGAGACUGGGUCAGAUGAUGAGAGUGAGGGACGAGUGGUGGGCAGCAGAGGGAGGGCGAGCAGAGGACGGAGUGCCUACACUGAGGGUCCGACAACACCGAAAAAAGGCAGAAAGUCUGACGAUGAUGCCAAGACGGAUAAAAAGAAGGGGAAAAAGAAUUCAGACUCAACAUCCCAACACACAGCAUCACCACAAGUGACAGUGCCUCAGAUACCGACGAGCAGGCUGAAUAUCAUCUGUAAAGGAAUUAUUCUGCAGAAGAAAAAUCAGUUCAUGCAGAGGCUUUAUAAAUACUGGUUAUUAAAACGACAGUCGAGGAACGGUGUGCCGCUGGUUCGGCGUUUGCACUCUAACAUCCAGUCCCAAAGGAAUACUGAACAGCCUGAAGUGGAUGAGAAGAUUUCUGCAGCAAGAGACACACUGAGAUAUUGGCAGAAGCUUCGCCACGACCUUGAAAAAGCCAGACUUCUAGUGGAGCUCAUCCGCAAGAGAGAGAAACUCAAACGAGAGCAGGUCAAAGUUCACCAGGCAGCUCUGGAAAUGCAGUUGACCCCAGUGUUGGCUCUGCUACGCUCCACUCUGGACCAACUACAGGAGAAGGACACAGCCCAGAUUUUUACACAGCCUGUGGACAUCAAGGAGGUCCCCGAUUACCUUGAGUUUAUUAGCCACCCUAUGGACUUUUCCACUAUGCGCUCUAAACUAGAAAGUCAUUCCUACCGCUCAGUGGCUGACCUGGAGGCCGACUUCAACCUGAUGGUGUCAAACUGCCUUCUUUACAAUGCCAAGGACACUGUCUUUCACCGAGCAGCACUACGUCUUCGAGACCUUGGAGGGGCCAUACUACGACAUGCACAGCGACAAGCCACCAACACUGGGCUAGACCUAGAUACUGGCAUGCACUUUCCAGAGUCACCCCAGAAAAGAGACUUUUACAGUUGCACCUGGGAGGAUGUUGACAGCGUGUUGGAUCCAGAGAACCGGCUGCAUAUGACAGUGGAAGAACAACUGAAGGAGCUGCUGGAAAAGCUGGACUUUGUCACAUCGAUGCGAUGCAGCGGUGCUCGAACUCGACGAAUCCGCCUGCUUCGUCGCGAAAUCAACAGCAUCAGGACGGGCAGGCAGGGCCAGUCCCACCGCCACAUCCUACACAAUGGACAUCUCAAAGAAGAGGAUGAUGAUGAGCAAGAUGAGGAGGACAACGACAAAGACGCCAAGGCAGAUAACGGCCUCACAUCUUCAGACAAAGAGGACCUCAAACCCGCUUCGCCCCCGACACUGGAACCUACAGGGCCGGCUCCUCCUCCACGUCAGGGGGACACACCUCUUGAGCCUCCCACUCUGCGGCCAAUCACAGGGGAGCCCCAGUCCCCCAGCUACUCCUGCAAACGCCUUAAGAUGGACGGUGACCUCUCAAACGGCACCACAGAGAACAUUCAUUGCAUUAGCGCACAAGAGCGGUCAACUUCGCCACGUCCCAGUUUGCACAGUGAAGGACAGACAGUGACCAACGGUCUGGCAGAGCUAGGCAUCACCUCACGGCCCCCGACGGGGGGAGUCGGGCGACGGACCUCCGUGCUGUUUAAGAAGGCAAAAAAUGGAGCUAAGUUGUUCAAAGUGCGAGACAAUCCUGUGCUGAAUGGGAAUGGACCACAAGACGAGAAUACAAGUAACAACUCUUCAGCACUCAAUUCCACAGCCAGCACCCCAUCUUCCACACCUUUGACCACUCCAAGCAGAACCCCACAGAAGAGCCCAGGACCCCCCAACCUUAAUGAACUAUGGACCUCCAGUCGAGACAUGUGUUCAGAUAGUGAGCCAGAGAAGACACCAAAUCACACGCUGGAAAGUGGAUUGACCAACGGCUUUAACACGCACAAAGAUAGCAGAUCCGACUUGGAGUUUAGGUCUUGCCCAGUUCUCCACAAAGAAAUCAACUCACCACCCAAACGUAGCCUUGGGAAACCGGCUCUUUCUAAAGUCCCCUUUCUGGAGAUCAUCAACGGAGACUCGGAUUACACCGGCAAUAGUAGUCAAACAUCAGAGGAUGAGAUGGAGCUGGAACCACUGGACCUGGUUUGGGCCAAGUGUCGGGGAUAUCCCUCAUAUCCUGCUCUGAUCAUUGACCCCGAGAUGCCUGAGGAGGGCCUGCUGCACAAUGGGGUGCCGAUCCCCGUCCCACCCAAAGAUGUCCUGUGUCUGGGGGAGCAGCGGCAGGAGGAGAUGAAUGAGAAACUUUACCUGGUGCUUUUUUUUGACAACAAGCGGACAUGGCAGUGGCUUCCGCGUGACAAAGUGACACCCUUGGGCGUAGAUGACACAGCUGACAAGCUGCGCAUUAUGGAAGGUCGCAAGUCCAGCAUCCGCAAAUCUGUCCAAGUGGCAUACGACCGCGCCAUGAUUCACCAGAGCCGGGUGAGCCACAGCCACGGCUUUGUGGCUUCCGGGUACCUGUAGGGGGCCUCUGUGAGCACUGUGUACACCCACAGUUGGCCGAUAUGCAUUUUCGCUUUGGUCUUAAAGCAGCAGGUGGAGCUGUUCCUGUUGCCGGUCGAAUUCAUAUUCACACUGUGGUCCGAAAAGAGGUUGCCGUGGCGCCGAGUCCUGGACUGUAGUUUAUUACCAAACCACUAGUGUCUGACACACAGAGGACUGGUGUUUGCCUCUGUGUCAUUGUUGAGGAGGUGGAACUCCUGACGUGAAUGAAGUUACCUUUAGGUCCCGUGUUGCUGCAGUAAAUUCCCCAUUCAGGGUUGUAUUGAGGUGUUGCUUACUCCUCCUGGAUGCGCUGAUGUAAAAGAAUUCCCGUCUAUUUUGUAUAAUGCUACUGCUGCCAAGGAAUCAAGUAGUCAGAAGAGAUUUGAUAUAUUUAUAUGAGCUGCAGAAGACUAAUGAAUGCAUCACUGCCAUCUUUUAUACAAUAGCUUUUUACAUUUAAAUCUUUUACAGAGACAAUUGUAUAUUAUAAAGGCACACUUUGUGUACAUAUGUAAGUGUAUUAUCAAACUGAAUUUAAUUUAAUAUUGCCGUUUUAAAAUGCGUAUUUCAAUCAACCCACAAGGGACAAAGCCAGGCUGUGUAUAUUUGUGGAGAUUUAAUAAUUCCUGACUUGCUGCAGUUUAUUUAGCUUGUCUUUGAUGUAAUUUCAACUGUGUUGUGUGCGUGUAUGUGUGCGUACGUUCUGGGCAUACAACACAAUGAGCCGUUGUUCUUUAUACUUGUAUUCUCUUUUUGAUACAGAGAGAAAUAAUUUAUUUAUGGAAGACAGAACUAUAGAAAUAAAGCUAUAUUGGUUAAAGUUGACAAAAAUCUUAUUUAAUGGCGUGAGGAUUUAAAACCAUGCAGCCAACAUUUUUAAAUGGAUGACAUCACAUGUUUAGUUUCAGGAUUUUACUUUAGACCAACAUUUGCUGUCCCCACCUCCCAGAGGAUUCUAUUUAUUACAGAGUGCCCUAUUUUAUCAAAUGGACAAAUACACCUUCAUAAGCUUGUACUACCUGCAUAUUUUACCUGCUCACCAAAUAUUUUGUCUGUAACCAGUAUUUCCUUAUUUGGGGGAAAUAAAUUCUAUAUUAAAAAAAGAAAAAAGCUUUUGGGAUACUUACCUGGAGUUUUGUGUUCUUCUUAUUUAAUACUGAUCGAUAAAGCAUUCAUUGUUAUGUACACCUGUUCAACUGCUUGUUAUUGACACUAUCUCAUUGACCAAUCACAUUGACCAAUCACAUGGCAGCUUGCUGAAGUUCAACCAUCUCUAGGGUUUACAAAGAAUGGCCCUCCGAAAAAAGAAAUCCUCUAGUUCUCUGCAAAAGAACUAUAAAUCAGAGGAGAAGGGUCAGAUUGCUUCGUGCUGAUUAGAAGGCAGCAGUUACUCAGAUAACCACUUCUAGUGACCUGAUAUGCAAAAGAGCAUCUCUGAACACACAACACGCCAAACUUUGAAGCCGUACAGCAGUAGAAGACCAUACUGGGUCCCACUUGUGUCAGUUAAGUACAGAAAACAGAGGCUACAGUUCUCGCCCGGUGGCGCCAGUGUCCGGCAGCCUCGCCUCUG